CAUAUUAUAAUCCUGAGUAUUAUUUUUUUGCAAAAUUCAUCUGUGUAGCCAAAACUUUCACGUUUAUGACAAUAAUAGCCACUUUUAGUAAAAUACCAAAUAUACCCAGAAUUUUGAAAGUUUCAUGACAAAUAUAGCCAUUUCCGUUACAUAUUUUAACGGCGUCAGUGACACCGUUAGUUAAACUAACGGAACGCUUAUUUGGCUGCCAACUCAGCGGACACAUCAUCGACAACUCAACAACACUUGCCACAUGGAUGCCAUGUCAUAUUUUAACUUUAAAAUUAAAUAAAAAAUCAUAAAUAAAAAGAGCAUAAUAAUACAAUAAUUAAUUCUUCCCUUUAUUACUGUCGUUUACCAUAAAUACAAUAAUAAAAAUCAUAAAAAAUAAUAAAAAUCGGGUCGGUGCUCACCGUCCGCCGUUAUUGUCGCCAUCAGUCGAUCCCAAAUCCUCGUCGCCAUCAAGCAUCUCUCUCCCCCGAUUGAAUCAAAUCUGGCGCUCGUCGGGUCUCAAGAGUCUCAAAUUUCUCGUCGAAGCAAUGGGGGAAGAAGGGAUUUAUGGGUAAACGAGCAAAACUAAGCAUACAAGAUGGGAUCUUUGGGUAGCCAAGAGACGCCAGAGAUGCCGUCGACUCCGACGAACCACCUUCCUCUUCUGCUUUCCGCCGCCGCCGCUAAUUGCUUCCCCACCGUCGCCCCUACGUACGCGUCGCCUCCGACGAAUCACCUUCCUCUAACGCCUUCCGCCGUCGCCGCUAGCCGCUUCCAGUUUCACAGAUCUAGAACAGCCCCAGUGUUCCCGGCUCUCGAGCUUCUCCUUCUUCCUCUUCCCCCGCCGCCGCGGUCCCGUUCGACAGAUUGAAUUAGGGAUGGAGGAGAUUGCGAUGGAAUUUGGGAAUAUGAGGAGAUGAACUCCAUGGUUUGGAUGUAUGAUUCGGGGCUGGAGGCUCUGGGGAACUCGAUUUGCCUCCUCAAGACAGAGAUGCUUCGACGACAAUGACAGCGACGGGUCGCGCCUCUACAUCAACUCCCGCCGACGAACUCAUGCUUGUCGUUUCUAGUGCUCGCAGUCGGGUACCACCGCUAUCAACUCCCUCCUAUUGCCGUCAACGAUCAGCAUCACUAUCCCCCAGGCCUGCAUUCAAGAAUCUAGCGAAUUUGGGAGGAAGAACUAGGGUUCUUGAAUUUGGGGGUUUCCAAAUCCGAAUCUGGGGUACAGUUUCUUAUGGAUCAGGAGCGGUGACCAUCAUAUUCAAAGCUUCUCUUCUAUUUUGUGUGGUAAGAAAAGAAAAGUGGUUUUAGGAUAAGUGGUGGAGACAUGGAGGUGGAGUGGGGAAGAGAAGAUGAACGAGAAGCAGAGUUAGGGGAAGGGACGAAGGGUGAGAGAAUUUUUUUUUUAACAGCGGAGAGAUUUUUUUAUGUAUUUUUUUUGGUAAUUUUGUUUUAUUUAAGCUCAUUAAAAUAAAAAGGUAAAAUUAUGAUGGUUUUCCACCUGGCAUUGUUACUUACGAAAAUUUUGCCACAUCAGCCUUACCGUUAGCCCAGUCAGCACAUUCACUAACAGCGUCAAACAAUUGGACGGAAGUGGCUAUUUUUGGUAUUUCGCCAAAAGUGGCUAUAUUUGACCAAACCAUCAAAGUUUUGGCUAUACAAGUGUAUUUUGCCUUUUUUUUAACAUAGACAGUAGCCAGGUAAAUCCCUAGCCAAUACAGAGUCAAAGAACAAAAGAUAAACACCGUGCGGUAGUCGACAAAUAGUUGAACUUCCAAUGAAAGGGCUUGUACCUGCAAAAUGGGUAGCCCUAUUAGCAGCUGUACCUGCAAAAUGGGCAGCCCUAUUAGCAGCUGUACCUGCAAAAUGAGCAAACACAUAGCCGCAAAAGGUAGAAAUCUAUAAACAUUGAGAACAAUUGUGCCAAAAUCCUUGCUCUUACAAUUUCAAGCAAAACGCUUCCUCGUCGAGGAUUACCCAACCGGCCACUAAAGGUACCAAGCAGGAAAGCCAUUCCCACCAACAACUGAGAAAUGUUGACAUAUACGUUUAUAUCUAUUUCGGUAGCCAAGAAUAUAUUACGAAUCUACCAUAGAGGCAAUUCAACAUUCUAUUUGAAUCUAGUCUCGAUUUAAGUUAUGAUUUUCUUACGUUUAUCAUGAAUGCAUCAUAUUGAAUCGAUAUGCCAAUGAAUAAAAUCCCUCUAUAAUAUAUAGCCGUUCUUCACGAGAUUUUGAGCAUUUCAAAUUCCUUGCACUCUCCUUAAUUGUAGCUAGGGGUAAAUUUGUAAGUUCAACUUAGAACUUAAAUAACUUCUUACGAGAAAAAAAAAUGUCAUUACCAAGACUUGAACUCGAGUCCUUCAGAUUGAUAGUCAAUAUCUCUAACCAACUGAACUACAACAAUGUUUAUGUAUUAUUUGAAUUAAAGAGAGAAAAUAAUGAAAUAUCUCAAAAUCAUACUAUUAUCCACUGCAACAAUCAAUCAUCGAAUUAAUCCCUCUAUAAUAUAUAGCCGUUCUUUAGGAGAUUUUGAGCAUUUCAAAUUCCUUGCACUCUCCUUAAUUGUAGCUAGGGGUAAAUUUGUAAGUUCAACUCAGAACUUAAAUACCUUCUUACUAGAAAAAAAAUGUCAUUACCAAGAGUACUUGAACUUGAGUCCUUCAGAUUGAUUGUCAAUAUCCCUAACCAAUUGAACUACAACAAUGUUUAUGUGUUUUUUGAAUUAAAAAGAGAAAAUGCU